AGUUGAUAUUGAAUUGUUCUAUCUGUUCAUACGAUAAUUAUUAUGUCUAGAAAUUAAAUUUAACAAAUAAAUAAAUAUCUUUUUUGUUAGAUUUAUGUAACUAAAAAAAUAAAAAUAUAUUGUUUUAGCUGUGUUGAUAAAAUUUAAAAUGUCAAGUAAAUUUUCCGAAAACAAAAUUGAAAAAAUUAACUCUAAACAUUUGUUAAUGAAAAAGUUUAAAAAAAAAUUUUUUAAACAAAUUAUCUGGACUGUUGUUUUUAUUUUUAUUCAUUUAUCUGCUAUUAGUGGACUUUAUUUUGUUUUUACAUCAGCUAAAAUUAUCACCACGAUUUUUUCUUAUAUUUUAUUUUUACUUGGUAAAUUUGGAAUAAAUGCUGGUGCACACAGAUUGUGGUCACACAAUGCAUACAAAGCAAAUUUUUUACUUCGUGUUAUUCUAAUGUUUUUCAGCACAUUAGCUAACCAGAAUUCAAUUUGGAAAUGGGCUAAAGAUCAUCGAGCACAUCACAAGUACAUGGAAACAAAAACUGAUUCUUGUAAUUCUGUUUAUGGUUUUUUUUUUUCUCAUGUUAAAUUAUUAAUAUUCAAAGAGAACAAAGAUACUGAUAAUAUUGAAAAACAUAUUGAUUUACAAGAUCUUGAAACUGACAAUGUUGUUAUAUUUCAAAAAAAAUACUAUGUGAUCCUGGUUUUAUUGGUUUCAUUUAUUUUACCAUCAAUAAUACCAGUAUAUUUUUGGAAUGAAUCAUGGAUUAAUGCUAUUUUAAUUACUAUUUUUUUACGUUACACGAUUGGAUUAUAUGAAACAUUUUUUAUAAAUCUAGUGACUCAUAAUGAUUAUGGUAGACCAUAUGACAAGCAAAUCAAUUCCAGCAAAAAUUAUAUAGAAAGUUUGGGAAUACUUGGCGGAGAAUGUAACAAUUUUCACUAUACAUUUCCAUCAGAUUAUAAAACAUCAGAGUAUUAUCAUUACAUGUCUAAUUGGACAACUGGAUUUAUCAAAUUAUUAGAAAAAAUUGGCUGGAUAUAUGAUGUUAAUUGUGUAUCUGAGCAAACAAUAAAAAAACGUUGUUUAAAAACUGGUGAUGGAAGUCACGAGAUAUGGGGUUGGUGUGACAUUCAACAAUCACAAGAAGAACCUGAAGAGGCAAUUUUUAAUACCUUCUAUACAUAAAAUUAAGUAAACAUGUAAAUUAAUAAAAAUAAACUCAUCAUUAAUUUGUUUAAAUAUUCAACAACAUUCAUCAUUAAAUAAAACUAACAAUUAUUAUUUUUUUUUAUUAAUAUUCUCAUUAUUAUUCAUAUAUGAACAAAAUAAAUAAAUAAACAAUUAAAUAUACACAUUAUAAAUAAAACGAAAAAAAAAAAU